UCCGGCCAGCGCUCCAGGCUCUGGGCAACAUCUUGAGCUCCCUGCCCACAGGCAUUUUGUGGACAGGGGGGCGGGGAUAGCCUCUCCGCCACCGAUCCAGUGGCGCGCGGGAAGCGUCUUGCCAGACGCCUUCAUAUUCCUUGCACGGACGACCAGCACAGGUGCCCAGGAUAGACAUCAGGCAGUUGCUCGCUUCGGUUCUCCACCCCUGGUCGUGCUCGCUGUCGCUCGCCUCAUGUGGGGCUCUGCCAAAUCUGCAUGGGUUCGCAUGGAAACACCCACGAGGCGGCGCCAGAGGAGCCGCCAGGGGGGGCCAGGCGCCGAUCCAAGAAGUCCGCGCGGAACUCCGAAAGCUUAUGUAUAUGCCGAUGUGUUAUUUUUCGAGUCUCCCCGUUCCAUUCCCUGCACCUCCCCUCAUGGCUUGCGCAUAAUUAUCGUGCCCGCAUUGUCGAGCCCUGGGCGAGGCCUCGAAGAUGUCGGGCCAAGAUCCGACGCGCCCGGCAUAAGGUUGUUCCCUUCUGCGCCGCUUUGGACGCCCGAAGCGGGUACGGAAAAAAUGGGCACGAUGCCCAACGACAAACGUUGUCCAAGAUCGACAGCGACCGCUGCUAGACAGGCGGCCUCCAGUAUCAAAUGGACAACGCCCGCGGCGGCACGGACAGCGAUUCCUGUCCAAAAUGGGCAGGAACUGCUGUCGGUCGUUGUCCACAUUCUUUCCGUAGCCUUUCGUUCGUGCCGAUGCGCGGGGCUAGGCGGUGACGCCGGGGCGCAGGAGUCGGACGAAGAGAGGGAAGAGAGGAUGGGGGAGGAGGCAGAGGAGGAGGAGGAGGAAAGUGCGGCGACAAAGCGGCCGAUACCAUUCCGACUGCUGCUGAAAAGCUACGGCCCCGACCCUACAUCGUCGGAGGCCUUACGCCCAACCGCUGCAGCGUGGGGGCGCAGCGAGACGCACAAAUUAGGGGGGAGAACGGCGAGGAGGAGGACGACGAGAGAGGGGGAGGAAGAGGGAGAGGGAGGCGGGCUACCAAGAGUGCGUCCGACUCGAACACACCUCAGGCUGAAGAUAAAAGGCCCCGCCCGCAUACAUGGUGCCAGCAGACAGAGGGAUAGAGAGAGAGAGACACCGGGAGAGGGAGAAGGAGAGGGAGAAGGAGAGGGAGAGGGAGAGGGAGAGAGACAAGGGAGGGAGAGAUGGAGACGGAGAGAGGAGUGGUGGGAGGCGGGCCUCGAGGUAUGGUACACACUCGAGGCCACUGCCCGUCGCCGACGACGCUCCCGUGCUACAGCCCGCAUCCGGGAGAGGAGCUCGGCGGCGACCGGCAGACGGACCCAGACGCCCGGCGGAGUGACUUUCCAAGGCGGGCGUUGCAAGACGAGUAACAACAACAACGACAACAACAACAACACAACAACAAGGGCCCCGAAGAUUGGGCAGCGACCGCCGAAGUCCGCGGCUGAAGAGAGCCAUCCAUCGGAUGUCCGAGGCCGCGAUUAUAUAUUACGGGCACCCCGCCGAUGCUUCUGAUGCGGCGAUGGGCGCGAAUUUCGGAUCUCAUGCCGUUCGAAUUCGGGCCAGUGUGCCAUGCCGGAGGCGCCGGGGCCGCGCGCCGCCGCGGCCCUCCGCACCGAGCGCCGCGCGUGGCGCGCGGCGCCCGCGCGCGGCGCCCUU